CUGAAAGUGUGGUUGAACUGUUGUGUAUUUGUGUCUCUGCAUUCAUGCAGUAAAAUGGCAAAAGCCAGAAUUUCCGUGGAUGAGAAUGAGUUCAUGUGUGCAGGUGUGUCUGGAUCUCCUGAAGGAUCCAGUGACCAUCCAGUGUGGGCACAGUUAAUGUAUGAGCUGCAUUACAGACUGCUGGGAUCAGGAGGAUCAGAUGAUGUUAUUAGGGUUACCUCAGUGCAGACAGACCUUCAGUCCAAGACCUGCUUUAUUUAAGAACGUGGUGUUAGCUGAAAUGCUGGAGAAACUGAAGAAAGACUAAACUUCCUGCUGACUGUUAUGCUGGAGCUGGAGAUGUUCAGUGUGGACGUCUGUACUGGAAGAAAAUACAGAGCCGUCAAGUCCUGUCUGGUGUGUCUGGAGUCUUACUGUCAAACUCAUUUUGCCCAUCACGAGGAGUUUCAUUCACGUAAGCCACACAAAGUGAUUGAUGCCACUGGAGGACUGCAGGAGAUGAUCUGCCAGAAACAUGAGAAGCUCCUUGAGGUUUUCUGUCGCACUGAUCAGAAGUGUAUUUGUGUGCUGUGCUGUGUACGAUGGCAUGAACAUAAAAACCACGACACUGUAUCAGCUGCAGAACAGAGGCCAGAGAAACAGCAACAGUUGAAGAAGAUGCGGAGAAGGUUCCGUAAGAGAAUCCAGCAGAGAGAGAAAGAUCUUUAGCAGCUGAGAGAGGCUGUGGAGUCUCAUAAG